UUUUCUCUCCCAUGGCGACUGCAGUGCUGCCAGUAUCCGAGCCCGCCAGAAAGCAACCCCGAGCUGGUCGGGGCGGAUUCGAGGCCCAUGGACUAUCCGAAGAAGAGGCCCGGGUCAGGGCCAUCGCCGAAAUCGUCAGCUCCAUGGUCAACCUCUCCCGGAAGGACCAAAACGUCGAUCUAAACGCCCUCUAGACCACCGCAUACCGCAAGUACGGCCUCUCACGUGCGACGAAGCUGCUCAAAUGAUUGCAGCUCUGCCGGAGUCGGACCGUAAGGCUCUUCUCCCCAAGCUCCGGGUCAAGUCGGUCCCAACCGCUUCGGGCAUCGCCGUCGUGGCCGGGAUGUCGAAGCUUCAUCGGUGGCCCCACAUCGCCACUACCGGAAAUAUUUGCGUGUACUGCCCCGGCGGUCCCGAUUCGGACUUCGAGCGCAGCACUCAGUCUUACACUGGAUACGAGCCUACUAGCAAUUCGGGCAAGGUAUACACCAGGGGAGUUCCCGUUGCCUUCAGAAACGCGGUCUGCUGAGUUCUAUAAGAUGGCGUCUAGGACGCUUUCGGAUAUCACUGCAAACACAAUCUAACUUAUUGGAAGAACAAGCCUUUCUAUGCUCUCGGCCUUGGCUCCGCUAGCUAUGUCGAUGGCGUGAGGUUUUCGAGACCAAAGAGGAUGAAAGAGUACACAGGUUAUGUGGAGAAUAUGGAGAAUGAUUUGGUGGAGUGCGGUGAGAGUCCCCGUACGCUGCAGGACAUGGCCACGGACGUUGUUAUGAUCUCUCUUUGCAUGAAGAGAAAACAUUACAUUUAUGUACAAUUACUGCUUCGCUGAAUUAAUAUUUAAUAAAUUCGUCUUUGGUCUCACAAUGGGAUUAGGAUUUC